GUUGUUCAAAAUGCGGACGUUUCAUACACCUCUUACGAUCAUCGAGACGCUCUCCAAGUCUCGUGGGGAUUCUGCAGCAGUGAGAUAUCUGUUGCCAGAGUCGUCCACUGAAUACAAGACCAUCACUUAUGCGGAAUACUGCAAUGAUGUUGGCAAUGCCGCAAAGACCUGGUUAUCUGCAUUAUCUCAGGCAGGCAUUGCGAGAGGUGCUGUAGUGGGAAUUUGGAUGAGAGGAUGGUCCUACCAAGACCUCCUCCACUAUCUGUCUCUUCAAAGGGCUGGCUUCAUCCCGCAGCUCUUCUCGCUCCGCAUGACGAAUCCUUCCGUUGUAUAUGAGCUUUUGGGCAAGAGUAAUGCUGCAGCAUUGAUUUAUGACUCAAUUUGCGAAGCUUUGGUGCAAGAUUGCCCUCGUCCAACAUUUUCCAGCGAAGACGCUUUGAACAGACCCGUAUCGCAGGAUGUUGAGCUCGACAAAGUGACUACUACUUUGAAUGGUGACCAAUUUUCGGUUAUCUUUCAUACAUCAGGCUCGACUUCAGGAAUGCCAAAACUGGUCCCAGCUACUGUCAGGUGGAUGGACUGUUUGAUUCGCAAGAACAAACCAUAUACUCACAACGGGCCGCAGCCUGUUUACUGCCUCAUGGGUUCCCAUGCCCAUCUGGGAAACACCAUCAAUCUCGUGGAAGCAUUAUCCAAUGGAGGUUGCCUAAUUCCACCCAAAACCAUUCCAUAUCCUACUUCAGAGCUACAGAGUAUGAUUGCCCAUGGUGGACUGACGGCCCUCAACAUCUUCCCAGCUCUUCUGUCUCUCUUCAUCCGGGAAGCACGCACCAAUGCCGUCUUACUUGGGCAACUUCAGAGCUUGCAUCACAUCUUUCACGCUGGACAAGUUCUCGAACCAUCGGAUCAAGCUUGGGCUCAUCAACAAGGGCUCAAGCUUAUCGAUACCUACGGUUCUUCAGAGAUUGGACUGUCGAUGCGCGCAUCUGCCAGUUCUCAAUAUCUCACUCCAUUUCCAGAGUCUGGCUGCGAAUUUAUUCCUCUGGGCGGAGGUUCGUCUUCAUCUGAUCAGCUACUUGAACUUGUUAUUCCCGCCGAUGCGGAUGACUGUCCUCAUCCGUCACUCAGGAAUAACGAAGAUGGCAAAUUCCAUACUGGUGACCUCUUUCAACGAGUCGAUGCCGAUAAGUACAUGUACAGAGGGCGAGUCGAUGAUAGGAUCAAGAUGCAGCUGUCUCUGGUCUGUGAUGCGGGUUCACUUGAGGCAGAAGCGAUGCAAGUCUGCGAGGCUGAUAUUAUAUCCGCUGUAUCUGUCAUUGGAUCUGGGCGUCCCAGCCCCGCCAUUGUUGUUGAGCCCAAGAAUGACGAAAUGUUACAGUCGGGCGAUGGCAAGCUACUGGAUUUCAAGAAAGAGAUUCUGCGCAGAAUAUCGCCGUUUCACGGGCGCAAGUAUUUGCAUGAGCGAAUUGACGACCCACGUUUGGUCUUUGUUGUACCUCAAGGAAGAUUGCCCAGAACAGCAAAGGGAAAUAUUAUGAGAAAGGCGGUGGAGAAUAUGUUCUUCGAUGAACUAGAGAAGACCUAUGAGGCUAUUUCAUCUGUAUAACUCUCUCGUGGCGAUGAUGACCAAGGAGUCGGAGGAGUAGCACAAGAGUCGGAAAUUAUUCUCGAUUACUGGUCAAACAUAAGUAAAAUGGCCAGUGCAUAUUUAUGACGGUCUUUGUCU